CGCGGAGGCGGCCUCAGGCGGGCAGGGGGGGGGCACUGGCGCAAUAGGACGGCGGAGCUCGCUUUGGAUGAGGAGGACCCGGCGCCGAGCUCGUGCGGUCUGGAAGUUCACGCCGGGCUCCCAGCUUCUUUCUGGAGGGCAAGCCUCCUCGCCUCUCUUUUCCUGCCCACCCCACCCGCGCCGCUCGCCCUUCGCGCCCUCCUCCUCCUCCUCCUCCGCUUGUCCGCCUUUUCUUCGCCCCGAGAGCUGACACACGCCGUGCAGAUGUGAGCGAGCCUGGCCAGAGCUCUGCUGCAGCCGCUCCACCGUCAGCCCCCGUCAGCAACAGUGUCCCGCCGCUCUCUCGCCCCACCAGGUCCCAGCGGGAGAAAUAUGUGGCAGCCGGCAACGGAGAGACUGCAGCACUUUCAGACCAUGUUGAAGACUAAGCUGAAUGUCUUAACUCUUCGGAAGGAACCUCUCCCCACAGUAAUCUUCCAUGAACCAGAAGCUAUUGAGCUGUGUACUACUACUCCAUUAAUGAAGACCCGAGCACACGCCGGAUGCAAAGUUACAUAUUUGGGUAAAGUUUCCACAACAGGGAUGCAGUUUUUGUCAGGAUGUACAGAAAAGCCAGUCAUUGAGUUGUGGAAGAAGCACACACUUGCCAGAGAAGACAUCUUCCCUGCAAAUGCCCUCCUGGAAAUCCGCCCUUUCCAGGUUUGGCUUCAUCACCUGGACCUCAAAGGAGAAGCAACUGUCCACAUGGAUACCUUCCAGGUUGCACGCAUUGCUUACUGCACUGCCGACCACAAUGUCAGCCCAAACAUUUUUGCUUGGGUUUAUCGGGAGAUCAAUGACGAUUUGUCCUACCAGAUGGACUGCCAUGCUGUAGAGUGUGAGAGCAAGCUAGAGGCUAAGAAGUUGGCUCAUGCCAUGAUGGAAGCCUUUAAGAAGACUUUCCAUAGCAUGAAGAAUGAUGGCCGGAUCCACAGGAACAGCUCUUCUGAGGAAAUGUCUCAUGAAUUAGAAUCUGAUGAUGGCUGACUUGAACUGGUUUGAUGGUUAAGCAAAAGCAGAAAUGGCCCUGGGAAUAGAAGCAUAUAGAUGAGUAAGCAACAGUUCAAUUUGGGAAUAAUGGAACUCCCAACACCUGACCGAUCAGCUUUUCAAAAUGAAAAAUAAGCAAUUCACUAUAUUUCCCCAAAUAUAUGCAUCUUUAUAAUAAUUGCAUCACAGUGAAAUCUGCUGCUGUUUUCUUAAAAUGUGACAAAGCUUGUUUUCUUGUUCGUCCAGUUUACCAUUCAGCCCCGCUUUUAUCUUUACAAUUCAGGUUUGUUUCUUAAAGUUGAUAAAUUAUUUUUAUUUUUUGGUUGGAAUCCAUUGAGAAGUUUUAACAAAAAGCUUGUUUUCAGAUUUGUUGCUAGCAUCUAAUGCAAUAGCAAAUGGGAUCUGUUUCUAUAGAGCAAGCAAGAAGGAAUAUAAAUUGAUGGCCACUGGGUAAUCCUUUGGGUGCCUCCCGGCUGAAACAGCUACCUGCAGCCUUUUAGAUAAACAGCCUGACAGUCUACAGUUAAUUCACAUUUCACAGUUUGAAUAUUCAAAGAUGCUUUUAUGUACACCUUAUAAUCAUAUGCUAUAUUUUAUUCAUUU